AUGGUCCAGGCCAGAUUCCUCGGAGGCUGGACUGUCGAGGGCGAGCCGUCUCAGCAGAGCAGAGAAGAAGAACGAGGCUAUGGUUUCCCAGCUGCCGAUGACACGGUAGAGGCGUCAAAGAACGGAAAACAGUCUUGCCAAGGUUAUUCUAAAGUCCGACCGCCUGGAUGA